AUGAUGAUGCCAAGGGGAUCGAUCAAUCUUCAGUCUGUGAAGCAGGAUACUCUGUAUCUAAUACCAUCUCUACCAAAAUGAAAAAUUCUAAUGAUACUCCGGUAUCUAAUAUAUCUGAUAAUACUUCAAAUUCUGAUAUUGCUUCUGAACGAAUAGAAAAUAAAUCAACAACACACCCGAUUCUGAUCCAUACCGGAAAAAGAACUUUAUUAUCAUCGGAAGAGAAAGAAAUGAAUGAAUUUCUGGAACUAGAAAAUAAGAAAACUGUUAAUAAUAUGAUAAGAGAAAGAAAUAGUGAGAAAAAAUUCCAAGUCCAAGACUUAUCUCCAAAUAACACUUUUUCAAAAACUUCUGAUCAAAUUUCCGUUAGUAAAAAUAGCAAAAAAUCUUCUGACAAAAUUUCCGUUACUAAAAAUCACAAAAAAUCUUUUGACAAAAUUUCCGUUACUAAAAAUCACGAAAAAUCUUCUGCCGAAAUUUCAGAUAUAUCUAGUGAUAAAAUCUCUGAACAAAAUACCAAACUUAUAGAUUUUCUUGAUAAACCACUAACAAAUCUAGUUGUGAAACAAGAAUUAUAG